GGAUAACCUCAUUCACCCCGCGAUAGUGGAUCAAUCUUAUCCGAUCAAACUACCAUUUAAACAGAUCAACUCACUCUCAUUCAUCGCUAAUACAACCACUAGCCUACCUAUACCAAACACCAAAAUGGCCAAUACACAGCAUAUUCUCAUCACCGGCGCCGGUGGCUUCAUCGGCCAAGAGAUCAUAGCCCCCCUCCUCAACUCCUCACCCGCAAUCCAUCUCACAAUAACCGACAUCUCUGAACCUCCCGUCCCAACUCAACACGCCCAACGCAUAACUUCUCUCGCCGCAGAUCUCACCAACCCUUCUGUCGUCGAGCAACUCAUAACGUCUCAGCCCUUCCAAGCAGUUUAUCUCUUCCACGGGCUCAUGUCCGGCGGUUCAGAAGCAAAUCUCGAUCUCGGUCUUAAAGUCAACGUUGAUUCAGUGCGCUAUGUUCUCGAUGCCCUGAGGAAUAAACUCCCCGGGGUCAAAGUUGUGUUUUCGAGUUCUUGUGCUGUUUAUGGACCGGAGGAGGGAUAUGUUACGGAAAAGACACUACCGCAGCCGAGAUCUUCGUAUGGUGCGGAGAAGCUUAUUGCUGAGUUGUUGGUGAAUGACUUUUCGAGAAGGGGUUUGAUCGAUGGGCGCAUCGUGAGAUUGCCAACAGUGGUAGUUCGACCUGGAAAGCCCUCCGCCGCAGCAUCGAGUUUCGCCUCAGGAAUAGUCCGCGAAAGUCUCCAGGGCAUUCCUAACGUCCUCCCCGUGCCCAAGGAUAUAUCAAUGUGGAUCUGCAGCCCCGCGACUGUCAUCAAGAACCUGAUCAAGAUCAAGGAUAUACCCGCUGACAAGUUUGGAGAGUCGAGGAUUGUAAAUCUUCCGGGUAUUACUGUAAGUGUACAGGAUAUCCUCGAUGCUGUUGAGAAGGUUGGUGGAAAAGAGGCUGUAGGGUAUGUUAAGGAGGAGCAGGAUGAGGCGUUGUAUAAGAUUGUUAAGAGCUGGCCGCCGUGGUUUGAUGCGAGUAGGGCCAAGGGGCUUGGGUUGGAUGGGGAUGGGGAGUUGGUUGAUGCUGUCAAGGCUUUUCAGGAGAGAUUGAAGAGUUCAUCGUAGGACUUUUAUUAUUAAGUGAUUCUAUCUCUAUCAAUUUAUGAUGGGUAUAGUCAAACAUCUCGCAACUCCUCUCCUACAGCUUUGAAGACCUGACUCUUCGUGAUACUGAGCUUGGCUCAAUACGACCAGAAGUAACCAAAUGGUCAACAUCCAAAGUAUUAACGAGCUCAGGCGUCGCUUGAUCCAGGCUAGUAAUACCAGCA